CGGCAAUCCAAGGCAACAACGCACAACGUGCCUCAAGCAAGCUGACGACGACGACGAUGAGCAGCGAGGAUGCGAGGGAAGGCUGCGUGUGCGAGCCAGAGGAGAUGGCCAGCUCGCUCUUCACGCAGACGACAGCGUCGUGUUGUGGUGGCAGUGGAAAUCAGGGAGGCUGUUGCCAGAAGGAGUCCCAGCCAGCGGAGCAACCAUCAACAACACAGCCUGCGCCUGCAUCAACGGAGAUGACGGUCGUCAAAGCCAGCGCCCCCAAGAAGGUCGUCCGCGGAAAAGGACGGCGAGUGGCGGUGCAGCAGCAGGUGCCAGACGACAUCCUGCACAAUGACGAACUGAACCGUGCCAUCGCACAGCUUCCAAGCAACUACAACUUUGAACUCCACAAGACCAUCUGGAGGCUGCGACAGAAGAACGCAAAGCGAGUCGCAUUGCAGUUCCCAGAGGGGCUUCUUCUCUUUGCCUGCCCCAUCUCCGACAUCCUGCAAAGGUUUGCACACGUCGAGACGAUGAUCAUGGGCGACGUCACAUAUGGCGCCUGCUGCGUGGACGACUAUUCGGCGCGUGCACUUGGCGCAGACUUUCUUGUUCAUUACGGCCACAGCUGCCUGAUUCCAACGACCAAAACCACCAUUGAGAUGCUCUAUGUCUUCGUCGACAUUCAGAUUGAUAUUAAGCACUUUGUCGAAACAAUUUUCCCGGCGAAGUUGGAGCUGAUGUAUGACGUCGACGCGUGGGUACAGAUUGCGUGUCCGCGGCUGUCGAUUGACUGGGGCACGGCGUUCAAGAAACCGCUCCUGACGCCGUACGAGGCAUCUGUCGUCCUCUCCACCAUCGAGUGGCAGCCAGACUACCCCAUGGACUUUUACGCAUCAAAGGACAGUCUUGGUCCGUGGACGCCCAACAACCCCGCACACAAGCCCGCGCGCAAACCACGCACCGCCCGAGCUGCAAAGAAGAAGUGACGCUUCGAUUCACUUGUGUGUGUGUGUGUGUGUGUGUGUGUGUGUGUGUGUGUGUGUGUGUGUGUGUGUGCGUGCGUGUGUGUGUGAAUGUAUUCAUGCGCCUCACUAUGUCAGCCUGUCAGUCUCUUCAGCUCGCCUUCUUUGUGUGCGUGCGUGUUUGCAUUGCGUGUCUAGCUGCCUAGGUUUCCCUCCUUCUGUCUCUCUCUCUCUCUUUCCCUUUCCCCGAUUGCUCUUCUUAAUGAAUGCGGCGUUUGCUUGUGGCAAGCACACGCACCCGUGAGCAGCAACAAACACUUUCAUCACGAACCCAAUUUCACCGUGCAAGACCUAUUCACUGUAUUGGCUAAGCG